CUAGCCACUCCCUUCGUUACUUGCAGGAGCCUUGCGGACCUCAAUCCACAGAUUGUCCGUAACGUGGCAGUGUACGGAGUCGAUUCUCUCCUCCAGCUAUCCUUUCCUUUUCUUGCGGGAGCCUUGCAGACAUCAGCUAACCGAGAUCCAGCAGCAGGGAGCUUCUGCUGAACCAACUCCCAAGUCCGAAUUAACUCCUAAGUAAGUGAAGAUCAGUCCUGUUUGCAUUAGAUUUGUGGUCUCCUUGAGGUCCAGCAGGUCAUGGAUUCCACCGGCGUACGAAUAGUCGACCUGAGCAAGCUCCGCAGUACCAGCUUCUCAGAGAGAUCAGCUGCUAUCCAUGACAUCGGCAGGGCGUGCCAGGCCAUGGGCUUCUUCCAGGUCGUCAACCAUGGAGUCGGCGCUGACAUCCUCCAGGGCGCUCUUGACGCGGCCACUGCGUUCUUCAACCUGCCAACGGAUGACAAGUCUGGUCUGAGUUCCGACGAUAUCAGGCAGCCUGUUAGAUACUCCACGGUCUCUGAACUGGACGACGGUGAGGUCAAGAUUCGCAGGCAUGUCCUGAAGCAGUACUCCCGUCCUCUAGAAACCUGGAUCCAGAAGUGGCCUUCAAAACCAAUUGACUACAGGCAGAAGAUGGCCAUGUUCUCGGCACAAGUGUGGAGACUGGUCUCAGAACUCGUGGAAGCCGUCACGGAGAGCCUCGGGCUCGGCCGCGACUACCUCACAAGCCACAUGGAACGGGGAUUCGAGAUGAUGGCGCUCAACUACUAUCCUCCCUGCCACCAAGACGACAACGGCGGCGCCAUCUCCUGCGCUCCGCACACGGACUACACCCUGCUAACCGUUCUGCUGGCGAGCCAACAUGGGCUAGAGUACUUGGACCGAGAAUCCGGAUCAUGGCGCCCUGCGCCGGCGUCCUCCUUAACCUUUGUCGUGCACGUCGGGAACUACCUCGAGGUGCUCAGCAACGGGCGCUACAGGGCGGCGCUGCAUAGGGUGGUCUCCCACCGCGGUGCCGCACCGAGGGUGUCCAUCGCCAGCCUGUCGAGCUUCGCCAUGGAGGAGAGCGUCGAGGUGGCAGAGGAGCUGGUGGAAGAGACCCACCCGCCGAUGUAUAGGGCCAGCACUCUCAGUGAAUUCAUUGAUUUCCUCUCGGCCGGAAACAGAGGCGCCGACUUCAUGGAGCAGAGUCUCAAGAUCGCCCGAGACAAACUUUAAGUACACACACAUCCACGGCUACGUUAAACUCUGAUUAACUCAAGAUGAGGAAAGGAGUGGUAUGCAUUUAUAUUUCAACACGCACCCUCACCGCUGUUCCAGACCUAAAUGUGGACCGAAAAUGACCAGCAGUGAUUUUAUUUUGUAUUCGGAAAUGCAUUUUGGCUCCCGGAUCUAUAUGCACCAGUGUCCUGGACCAA